UGUAGGAAUUAAAGGAAACUCAAUAUGGCUGUUGCUAACAUGGUUCCAAGUGUAAUUUUAUUAACAACUUUAAGAAGAUUUCCAAGUUAUUUCCAUAAAAGUAAAUGUUGACAUUGUAACUGUAAAUUGAAAAAGUGCAUUGUAAAAAUGAAGAUUGAGAAAUUUUGUUUAUAACUAAUAGGAACAUCUAAGUAUAUAUAGUAUAUAAUAUAAGUAUAUUGAAGAUUUUGGAGAAAUCACUGAUCAAAUGUAUAUUAUUAAGGAAUAUUAAUUAUUAUUAUUAUUAUUGUAAUUUGUCGUGUAAAAGAAUUGACGAUGGCACUGGCAUCAAAGGAACUAACCAAACUAUUGGAUAUUCUUGAUGAAGAAAAUAUUGACACUAGCCUAGAAAAUCUUUGCAGUCAGCUUCAUCAAAUAUUUUCUAAGGAAGAUCGUUUUAAAGUUGGAAUGACAUUACUUCUUUUACUGCAGCACGUUGAUUUGUUAUCAAAACAUGGUCAACGAAUAAUGGCCUUAACAAUGUUAUUCGACUUGUACAAAGGAGAGCCAUUAGCUUCUACGCCUUUCGCUACAGUAUUUGUUCAAAUGUUAAAGCCUCAAGAAGAUACUAAUAAUGGUGUUUUGUUAAAUAACUGCUCAGGACAGAUGCCUGUACUUUCUGAAUGUGAGAAAAAUUUACUUAUUAAUUUGUUAGGAUAUAAUCAGAAAGAAGUGAUGAAGAAGACACCACGUCAAUUAGUUGUCGACGAUCUCUAUUUGGCAUCGAUACCUUCUAUAGAUUUAACCAACUUGCAGUUGCAACUUGCUGAAUAUCAUUCUGAACUUCCAUCCAUAAGCAAAUGCGGCAAUCCAAUAAUAUUGUCAGAUAUGGAUCAUUCUAAGAUAACUGCAACGGAUAAAAAGAUAUUGAGAAAUAUGGCAGAAAAUCUUAUUGUCGGAGACCCACCAUUGUGCGCUCAAAGUUAUAGUCCUGAAUUUUUAAGGUUGGCUCCGCCAAUAUUUCAUUCUAUUAAUGAAUUAACAUGGUAUAAUAUGACCGAUCCUUCUGAAUUCACUGUCGAAUACGAUAACAGUAUGUGCGUUUCUUAUUGUGCCGGAGCAGAGGCACGCAGAUUAAUGGGCAAAGCUUUUAAAAGUGUCUUGACCCUGCAACAACAACAACAUUUGGUUAAUGAAUUAGAUAGGGAUCCUAAAUUGGUUUAUCAUAUAGGACUUACGCCUGGAAAAUUGCCAGAUUUAGUUGAAAACAAUCCAUUAAUUGCUAUCGAAGUUUUAUUAAAACUUAUGCAAUCUAGCCAAAUAACGGAAUACUUCAGUGUCCUGGUAAACAUGGAAAUGUCUCUUCAUUCUAUGGAAGUUGUUAAUAGAUUGACAACUACUGUAGAUUUGCCAACUGAAUUUGUUCAUUUAUAUAUUAGCAAUUGUAUAUCCACCUGUGAGACUAUAAAGGAUCGUUACAUGCAAAAUCGCUUAGUACGUUUAGUUUGUGUAUUUCUUCAAUCAUUAAUUAGAAACAAAAUCAUUAAUGUUCAAGAGUUAUUCAUCGAGGUGCAAGCAUUUUGUAUUGAAUUUAGUCGUAUUAGAGAAGCAGCUGCAUUAUUUCGUCUUUUGAAACAACUUGAAUCGGGUGAUAUCGGUGGAUUAAAUGCACCUCCUGCAAAGAGCAAAAUAGAUAUGUGUUAAGAAGUAUGUUAUUUUGAAGAACUAUGUAUAUAAAUCAUGUUUUUUCAGAGAUAUGUUUAAGAGUUAGCAUAUUCACAACAUUAUUUCAAUUUACAGCAAGAGAAAGAAAGCACAAAUCUAUACAAUUAUAUUUAUUAUACUUCCUUUCCUCGAGCAAUCAAUACUUAUCUAUCGUAUUGUCAUUAAUUAAAUUUCAUAUAUUUUUAUUUAAUCGUGUGAACAAAAUGUCCUAAAUAAAGAAAAAAGGAAGAAAUAGCUCUAUUUUCUAGUGGCAGCAUAUCAGUUAGAUGUUUAUUUCAUAUAUUAUUCUCUAUCACCCAAAAAUGAAUAAUGUACAAAAUACAUAUGUGCCAUUAUAUAACAAUCAAUCAUGUUCAAUGAAAACAAAGUGUACACUCUUCUUAGAGACAAAUAGUAAUUAUAUUACUGUUUGUAAUUUUGUCUUAGUUGUAUAUUAUUAAAUAAUAGAUAUCUUUAUAUUAC